AUAAUCUAAUAAAAAAAAGAAAUUAUUAAAAUCUAGAGCGUCAACUUUUUCCUGAUACUUAUCCUUCCAUCCAAAAAAAAAAAAAAAGAGAAGAUAUAUAUGUCAUUAUUUUAUUCAAUUUUAAAAAAUGUAUUCUUAUUUUUUAAAUGGAAUAAAAAUAAUAAUCAUGUUAAAUAUAAGGAUAAUAUGUACGCAUUUGUUUUGUAGGUGAAAAUAGUUGCAUUGGAUGUGUAUUAACUGAUAAGGUUCAUUUGUCCUGGAAAGUUGGGUACGUGGCACGUGUGGUCGAUCUGUUUCACGGCGUGGCGGUUGCUUUCAACUAAGUUUUAUCUAAGCAACAGCAACUACAACAUCCUAUGGAGAAGGGGAGUCAAAGUGAUGAAAUUGUGUCGGUGGAGCUUCCUGCACCUCCUUCUUGGAAAAAAUUGUUCACACCAAAGCAAGGGAGUACACCAAAGAAGAAUGAGGUGGUAUUUAUCACUCCAACGGGAGAGGAGGUCAAGAACCGCAAACAGUUGGAGCAGUAUCUCAAAUCACACCCCGGAAACCCCGCAAUUUCAGAAUUUGAUUGGAGUACUGGUGAGACCCCAAGGAGAUCAGCAAGGAUCAGCGAGAAGGCCAAGGCAAUGAGACCAGCUUCAUUACUUGAAUCACCAAAGAAAAAACGCCGGACAUCAUCUGGUACAAAGAAAGAUAGCAAGGAAAAGGAUGCUGCUAAAGUUGAAAAAGAAGGUUCACAAACUGAAGGGUUGGAAUCUGCCAAAGAAGAAAGUGAAAAUUUGGACAAGAAAGAUGGAGAAGCAGGAGCUGAAAUGGAGGACAAGGGGAAGAAAGAGGUGGAAGCAGCCAAAGAAGAUGAGCGCGUAGAGGGCGCGAAACUACCUCCUGCUGAAGUACCCCCUGCAGAGAAGCCAGAGUCUGAAUCUGAAGAAUUUCACAGUGCUGAUGAUGGCAAUCAGGACAAGUCAGAAAAUGCAGAAGCUGAAAUGGAGGACAAGAGGAAGAAAGAUGUGGAAGCUGCUGCAGAAGAUGAGCGCAUGGAAGGGGCUGAACUGCCCUCUGGGGAGAAGCCAGAGCCUGAGGAAGUUCAGAGUGCUGAAGAUGGCAAACAGAACAAGUCGGAAAAUGCAGAUAUCGAGGAAAAUCAAGUACCUGGAGAAAAGUUGGAGACUCAAAAUGGUCAAGAUAAUCCUGCAGCUGAUGUAAAUGAGAACAAGCCAGCGGAAGUUGUGGCUGAAGGGACCAAUGUCACGGGGGGAGGAAGUGUCAACCAAGCGGAACACGUUGCUGAUGGGGAAUCUAAGGAUGCACAUGGCAGUAAUGCGGAACAUAGGCUGCAAGAGGAGAAAGGAAUGGAAGGUACUGAUUUAGCUAUGGGAAAUAACAAUAUUAACCAACCAGGGCUGGUUCAUUCCCAGCAGCAUCAAUCACCUAUUAGCUGCUGAUGCAUCACCCGCAUCACCAUUAGGACAUUUCCAGUUACAUGUUUACUGACUUUUAGAUUCAAUUUGAUUGUUGUAAUAGUAAACUCCGAUUCUCCAGUAGUUUAGUGUCUAGUUUCUCAGGACUGCUAUACUGGCAUCUUUUAUGUGUAUGUAUUUGUGUCUGUCGUGAUGAACCGAUCUGUUAUUAGACCUUGAUGUAGAUUGUUUUAGCAGAUCACCUGUGGCUUAUGAAUUUCUAUUUUGCAUGCUUUCGAAA